CAGAUUUCUGAUUACAAGAUCGAGCUGCAAUUAUUUGGUGUUUUAGUUGGAUUCAACAAAAAUUAUCAGAUUGUGGUUGAUAAUUUCGAAAUGCCUUCAAGCUCUGUAUCUGCUGAUGCUGCCAUUUUUAUACUUGAUUGCAUACGAAAUGCUUACAUUCCUGAUGAUUUAUUCGAAAAGUUAUCACAGACUAAAUGGUUGAAGACCCAGCUUGGCUAUGAAAAUCCAGGGGAAUCUUUUCUGGCUGUCUUAGAAUGGGAAUGCCUUCUUCAGGUUGUCAGCGGCAUUCCGGUAAUAGAUGAUGCAAUGUAUGGUGGUAGAAUCAGGUCAUAUCAGGAUGAGCUAAAGAAAGUUGGAGUAGCAGUAACCAUAAAUGACUUCUCAAAAGCUAUUGCUUUUCGAUUGAAUCGUCUUUUAGAGGGAAGAUUUAUCACAAACAAAAAUGUUCUUGCAUUGCUAUCAUGUUAUAGGCAAUUUGUUAAAAAGGAAAUUACAUUGACGCAUGAUCUUUUCCUUUUCUCCGUUGAGAAGGAAUGGUUGCAUACUAAUCUUGGAUUCAGAUCUCCAAAAGCUUCAAUCCUAUUCAGUCCAGAGUGGCAACUUAUCUCAGCUAUAUCAAAUCUUCCACUUAUUGAUGGUAAUUCUGAAUUCUAUGGUUACUCCAAUGAGAUCUAUGAUUUCAAAAAUGAGCUCCAGGCCUUUGGUGUUAUAGUUGAAUUCAAAGAGGGAGCUAAAUUUGUCAUUGAUGGUAUUGACCUUCCCAGAGAUCCUUCUAUCAUUAAUCCCGUUAGCAUUAUAUCCUUGCUACAGUGCAUUCGCAAUCUGAAGGAAAAUGCAGAAUCUCUUCCUAUGGAGUUCAAGCAAAAGAUGAAAAGUAGAUGGAUAAAAACAGUUCUUGGAUACAAAUCUCCAGAAGAGAGCAUUCUCUUUGAUCCCAAGUGGAGUUUGCAAAGGAAAGACGGUCCCUUUAUUGAUGACAUCUUUUAUGGAUCUGAGCUCGCAUCUUAUAAAAAUGAGCUUAAAGAAAUUGGUGUAUCUGUCGAUGCCACUCAGGCAUGCCUUUUACUAGCCCUUCAUAUUAAGUGCCACUCUGAUAUUACUACAAUCUCGAGAGUGUACCUGUUCUUGAAUACACAUAAAUGGGAGGCUAAUGAUAAAGAUGCAAAGUGGAUUUGGAUCCCAAGUGGUGGUGGAGAAUGGGUGAGCUCCAACAGCUGCAUACUAAAUGAUAGACUUGACCUGUUUGGUUCCCAACUCUUCAUUUUGGAUAAAUACUAUGACACACAGCUUUAUGGUUUCUUUUUAAGAGUUUUUGAGGUUCCGUUUUAUCCAUGGGUCAAUGACUACUGCAAGCUCUGGUCCUCAUGGGAAGUUUCAGUGCACCACCUUGCUGUUCAGCAAUGCUCUGCUUUCUGGGUCUUCAUUGCGAAGCAUUGGAAUAGAGACACAGAGAAACUUCUGCUCGGAAGCAUAUCAAAAUUACCAGUGCAAAGUAAUGAUGGGGUCAUUCUUUCCAAAAAAACAAGAUGUAUUUAUUCCUGAUGAUUUCUUGCUGAAGGAACUGUUUGACAUGGUUUCUGAAACAAUCUUUGUAUGGUAUCCUCCUGUUACCUCUCCUGCCCUUUCUAGAGCAAAUAUGAACAAGAUCUAUAGCAGCAUUGGUGUUCAAUCAAUUUCUAAGGCUGUAGAAAAGGAUGAAUCGUUCAGGACCACUGGUGCUAGUGUUAGGAAAGUCAAUCAGAAAUCUCUGAUAUCGAACAAUGGAUUGCUGAGAAUUGUGCUUGCUUUUCUUUCUGAUACUUCUCUUGGUAUAAUUGCCAAUGAAAGGCAUCGUCUUGUCAAAUAUUUGCUUGAUUUAGAAAUCUUAGAAAUUGAUGCUCCUAUUACAGUUAGCUAUAAGCUGACACUAUCUUCUGGAAUAAUUUUAGAUUUAAAAGCUACUAGAUUGUUUCAUUGGGAGAAGGAUAAGACGAAGUUAUUCUUACAAAGAGAUAAGGGUGGAAUGAAGCGAAAGAGAGAUGGUGGAAUGAAGCGAAAGAGGUACAACAUUGACUAUGCAACAAAUUUUGCAGAUGUGAUAGCAAAGUGCUUAUGUUCUGAAAUGCCAGACCAGAUUGCUCCACUCGCUGAGCUCAUUAGGCUUGGUUGCUUGUUGGACUUUGAGGAGGAUACAGUGAACUACUUAAUGAAGACCAAAAAUCUCCAGUUGUUUCCUGAAGACGAAGAGUUUCUAUCAUCUACAAAGAAUGUGGGAAAGAUUGAAGCUGGAAAAACUGCUACAGUCCUCUACUAAUUAAUGCUCAACUGGGCUGCUAUUUGGAAUCCUUAUGUAGGCUUUUGCCUUCCAACAUGCUUUUGGUGAUGAAGUUUCUUGAGUCCUUCGGUACUUUGUAGUAUAUAAUUUUGUCUGAGAUAGUUCAGUAG